AUGGUUGCAGCGCUUUCCAUUCUUGCUGCGUCCGUGGGCCUCGCCCUCGUGGCCGCCCAAUGCACCAAUCUCAUCGAAAACGUCGACUUUUACGGCUACGACGUUGGGUCGACAUCCCAGGCAGAUGCCGCGAACUGCUGCGCUGACUGUGAUGCCCAUUACAGCUGUAAAGUUUGGGUUUGGACCAGCUACCAAGGUGGCACGUGCUGGCUCAAGAACCAAACGUCCUCGCCCACGCCACUCGAUAGGGCCAAAGCUGGGGCACUGCCGGCUCCCCCGCUACCUCCUGCUUACGAGGAAUUGAUUGAAAACGUCGAUUACUGGGGACACGACAUCUCAAGCACCAAGCAAAAGUUCGCUCAGGCUUGCGGGGAAGACUGCGACGACACCGAAGGAUGCCAAUUGUUUGUCUGGACCAGCCACGAAGGCGGUACGUGUUGGCUCAAGCACACAUACGGUGGGCAAUCGCAUUUGUACGGCGCUAAAGCUGCUCGUCGCGCGUCUGGCAGAGCACCAUAUUCCGCAACAGCUCCUUUGGCCACCGACACUACCUCCAUGACAACCGCUAUGACCCUUGGACCCACCCUUGCAUAUAACACUCGCACCCUUGUGCCCAUCAAUCGGACCCGCGCACCUACAACAGUCACUCCUCCACCCCCCACCCCAUCGCCCACAACCACAGCAAAGCCGUACCCAACAACGGCACAGAUAUGCCCUGCUCGCGUCCGCAAGCCUUGGAACCAGUUGGACGAAAGCGCAAAAGCGCUGUUCUUGUCUGCGUUGGAGUUGUCCAUGGACCGUGGUUUGUAUCAGCGCUUCCUGGCCAUCCACAACGAGAUGGUGUCCAACAAUGAAGCGCACAACUCGUGCGUGUUUCUUUUCUGGCUCCGCUCCGCCAAAGUCCUUCUUCGACCCAGUCAAAUACUUGCGGUGCACACGAACGCGUCGACGCCAUUCUCGUCGGACCUUAUGAUUUUUGGUGCGGCGUACCCCUCGUUAGUGUGCGCCGAUUCGCGCCCGGUCAAUCAUUUCUGCCCGGUUGUCGAGCCCGGCGCCCGCUGCGACCGGUGCCUUCCGCGCGAUGCCACGGCGUGGAAAGAUGGAAUUCUGUCGGAAGAAUGGGAUGUUGACAUUCUCAAGGGGUAUCUCCACCUGUCCGAUGAAUCGCCGAGCAUCAAACUAGUGUCGUACGAUAUUGAAAUUGGCGCGCACGGACAGCUCCAUGCGCUGUUGCAAGGUCCGAUGGGGAACCCUUUCUCGUCGCCGGCCGACCCCAUUUUUUACGUGCACCACACAGCUGUCGACAUGCUCCACACGAUCUACCACCACUGCAAAAUCGAGCCGUUGGGGUUGAGCGACGAAGGCAAGAAGUCGUUUAUCGGGUCGUUCGAGGGGCGCAAGACGGACAAUGGCGACGACAUCACAGCCACGUCGGAGAUCAAGUCCAAGGUCACCAUCGAUGGAAAACUUGUCGAUGCCGAAUACGACGUGCUUGUUGGCAAGUACUUCAAGGACCUUCCGAGCCAGUACUGGGCGCUCACAGACACGCGGGACUUUGGCGCGCGCGCUUAUUCGUACCAGUUCAACGGUCUCCUCGGUCGGUUGUACACCCACUGCGGCAACGCGAUGCCAGUCGAGUCCUCCAUUAAGUCGGCCCAUGACAUCGACCAUGUUGUGGUUCAAGUGGAAUCGGCGACGGAAAUGAAUCAAGUCGACUACAACACGGCUGUGUUGGCUGCCGCCGCCAAGCAAGGCCUCACCCCAUCCCAAGUCGAACUUGAACUGCGCAAGAUGGCGCUACUCGUCAAGGAAUAUUGCUUGCCGGGGUCGGUCAAGCCCUACUCGGACGGCUUCAAGUCGGUGUGGAAGAUACAAGUACGCCGCCCGUCUGUCGCGUUGUUGGACGACUUGAAGGCUGGCCGCGCCACGAUGCAGCUCGCCAAGUGGCGCGACUUCCUUGCGAAUUACUUCAAGUGCACCGCUAUCCCCACUUCGAUUUUGUAA